ACCAUUGCGGUCGAAGUCUGGACCAGAUCGUCAUGGCUGGCGCAAUUGCUCCGCUUCUGCAAUCUGCCCAUCGGCCAACCGUGGUGGCCGAUGACGCUCAUGCCAGAUCUGUCGCCCGGAUUGAAAACUGGGGUAGAUCCCUCAUGAUGACGUUGAUUCGCUGGUAUCUCUUCCAUGGCAACACCAUGCAUCAUUCACUUCCCAGGUUCACGUUCACAAAUUCGCAGCCAGGGUUGUCGACGUCAUGCUGCAAAUUAUAGAAACUCGAAAGCUAUAUAAAGCCUCCUUUGCACCGUCGUUCAGAAUUCUUCAUCAAUCCAACACACUCUCCUGCAAUCUACAACAUCCAAUCUAACUUUCAACCAACCACUUUCCAAACACCACCAACCACACAAUCAACAUGUCUGACACCGGUCGCAAGGAUUUCAGCACCAAGGCUAAGGAGGAGAUGACUCCCGACUCCGCCAAGUCCACCCAGGACAAGGUCAAGGAGACCGUCACCGACACCGGCGACCGUGUUGCCCGCGGCUUCCAGGGCGACGACAGCAAGUCUGGCACCCAGGAGGCUUUCGACAAGACUCAGCGCUCUCACGACAACACUUCCCACGGCGGUGCCACCGGCUCUGUCACCGACAAGAUCAAGAACGCCGUCGGUCUGGGCGACCACUAAGCUCGUGAUGACCCCCUAAUACAAUCGUGUGACGAGUCAGGUCAAGGUCACUUUCGCGGUUCUGUGAUGCAUGGGAUUCGGAGGAAGAUGGGCUGG